AUGGGACAAGCUCAAUCAAGUCAACAACAUCAUCAACAACAACAUCAACAUCAUCGUCGUCAUCGUUCAUUCUUAGGAUAUCAUCAUCGAAAUCAAACAUCAACUUCAUCUAGAUCAACUUCAGCUUUGACUAAUGGAUCCACUUCCACCAAUAAUACUAAUCUAACUAAUAACUCAAAUCAUCAAAUCCUUUCAAUCUCAGGAUCGUCUUCAUCUCCUAUUCAUCAUCAAUCUAACCAUUCAAUCUCAAUCAAUCAAUCUAAUCCAAAUCAACAUCAUCAGCCUAACAAUCAAAUCAACCUCAAUCAAUCUAGAAAUACUAAUAGAUUCUUACCUUUACAUUCUAUUCUCAAACGAACGCAUCGUCGUUCAACCACUGCUGAACCUCCAACUUCAACAUCUUCAAUUUCACAACAAACUUGUUUAAACUCAGGAUCAUCAUCGCCCAACUCUUCAUCUGUUACCCCUUCCUCAUCAAUUCCAACCAGUUCUAGUCAUCCUCGUCAUCAUAGAAGACCAUCUUGGAACACCUUUCUAAGACACUCAUUCUCUCCUAGUCGAUCAUCUCAUCGAUCAUCUAUACCUCGUUUUGAUACUCCUGUCUCAACUCCUGAUCAAACUCAUCAUCGAAAGCAGUCCAACUCCCAAGCCUUACCUCUCAUCGAUCUACAAUCUCCACUCCCUUCUCUCAACUCAACUAUAACUACCAUUCAAUCAUCUAAUUCUAAUUCUAAUUCUAAUUCACCAUCUACUUCUGAUAUCAUUCCAAACAGCUCCACUACUUCAUCACCUUCAAUCUUAACUGAUUCUCAUCUCAUUCAAGAUCAAAAAGAAGAUCUUCCAUCUCACUCUUCAAUUUACCCUAACACUCUCACUUCACUUCAUUCGCAUUCUACUACUACUGAUCACUUAUCAUCAGCUCUCUCUUCAUCUAAUCCGCACCUCACCAAUAACACUCUUUCUUCUUCACCAUCUUUGGAACAUGUUCAUGAAGAACAUGAACAUAAUGAGGAAACAGGUCUGGGACUUGACCUCUCCUCAACACAACAGAACGAAGCUAUACCUAAUCUCGACACGCCAACGGCUACAACGGCCCGUCCGACAUCUGGGGUCCAAGUACCUACACGAAGAAUAUAUGUACAAGGGAUGGUGGUCGCUAGGAACGUACCUGAUCAAUCAAUACCCAACCCACCAGCUCGUCCUUCAGAGCAAGCUGAACGUCCUCAAACUUUAAAUCAGGAUGAAGUGAUUUCUAGUACGGUAUCCGAUGAUCAGAAUCAAGAAUCAACCAAUCAGACAACCAGUAGCAACCCAUCAAGCGUGUUGAUCGAACAAGCUACCAUGAUUUCUCGACUUUUAUCUGUUGCUGCAGCUGCGACUGCUUCUUCUCUGCUACCAAACUCGAUUAACCCAGAUGGAACGAAUAUCUCUAACGCUACCCCUCCUCUGAGUCCUAGUCCCAUGACAACGAAUGCUGAACAAGUUGAACUACAUGGCGGAUUACAAAACACAUUAAGAGACGCUUUGAGGGUUGCUUUUGGUAGUGCAUUGAUGAAUGGAGUGUCUCCCACCCAUCAAAUCCCUAUCCCUACACCUGUACCUUCUUCUCCAAUGACACCUGCUCCUUCAACUCCAAUUGAUCGUACCAUUCAUACCGGAAGUAGAAUCAUGAGACGCUUAGGAUUACAAUCAUUACUUAACAAUCGAAAUGGCGAAGAAGAAGAACCAGAUACAACACUAGAAGCUGAAACCGAUCAUAGUUUUGAAAACUUUUUGAGUUCAUUACAAACAGAUGUAGGAGACGCAAUCUUAGAAGCACUAGGAGGAAAUAGAAGAGAAGAAGAAAGUGAAGAUGAAACGUUUAAUUUUUUUAGAAUGCAUCGGUUUGAGAAUGGGGUAGGAGGAGAAGAAGGAUUGAUACCUGUUUUAUUAGUGGGUGUGAGAUCAGCUUCACCUAAUCUUAAUCAAAGGGGUGGUAGAAUUGAUGAAGAUGAAGAAGAGAUACAAAAUCAACAAGAAGAUGAUGAUGAAAUGUUUGAAGGACUCAGAGAGUUGUUUGAGGAAACCGAUCACGAAGUACCUGAAGAAGACGAUGAGUUUUGGGUGGAUGAAGAUGAACAAAGACAUAAUGAAGAAGAGGAAAGUAGAGAGAAUAGAUUAAGUGACUUGUUGGAACCAAGUGACCCAUCAUCAGUUCCUUUAUCACCACCCUCAAUAGAUCCUUUACCAACCACACAAGUACCCUCGUCGCCUCCUCAAGAACCAAGAUCUUGGUUAAUAUUCGUUUUAGCAGGACUUUAUCCUCCAUUUUCUUUUUGA